UCGCGCCGCUGGGAGUCAGUACCAAGUUUCCCAGAGUUGUCGGAGUUGGGAGCGCUCGGAGUGUGUGAUAGCGUUGGCUUCACCUCGUGAUGAGAGUUCCGCGGGAUGACCCGCAGCUCACGGCGCUGGGUGUGUGGUGCUUUAGCGAACUGUUUUUUGUGAAAGAGCCUCAGGACGUUACUGUGUCAAGGAAGGAUCCGGUGGUUUUAGACUGCCAAGCCCGUGGAGAAGCUCCUAUAACAAUUACAUGGCUGAAAAAUGGAGGCAAAGUGUCUGAAAAUGAACGGAUCUACACUUUAUCCAAUGGCUCGUUGUAUAUCACUGAGGUGGAAGGAAAGAAGGGAGAACUGUCUGAUGAAGGAUUUUACCAGUGCUUAGCUCUGAACAAAUAUGGGGCCAUUCUCAGUCAAAAAAGUCACCUCACACUAGCAACCAUUUCUGCAUUUGAAGUCCAGCCACUUUCAACUGAAGUCCAAGAAGGUGGAGUAGCUCGAUUUGCCUGUAAAAUAACAGCAAAUCCUCCUGCCACUGUGACAUGGGAAGUGAAUAGAACAACUUUACCCUUAGUCAUGGACAGGAUAACUGCUCUGCCUACAGGAGUGCUUCAGAUCUAUGGUGUUGAGCAGAAGGAUGCUGGGAGUUACCGGUGUGUCGCCACAACUGCAGCCAAUAGACGUAAAAGCACCGAGGCAGUGCUGAGUGUUAUUCCAGCCUCAGACUUGAAGCCUUUUCACAAGCCAUCUAUAAUAGCUGGUCCUCAAAACAUUACAGCAUCUCUUCAUCAAACUGUCAUACUGGAGUGUGUAGCCACAGGGAAUCCAAAGCCAAUCAUCUCAUGGAGCCGGUUAGACCAUAAGUCCAUUGAUGUCUUCAACACGCGAGUCCUUGGGAACGGGAACCUGAUGAUCUCUGACGUGAGGGUGCAGCAUGCAGGUGUCUAUGUCUGCCGGGCCACUAUUCCUGGCACUCGCAACUUCACAGUGGCAAUGGCAACUCUCUCUGUGCUGGCUCCACCUUCAUUUGUGGAAUGGCCAGAAAGUUUAACAAGGCCUAGAGCUGGUACUGCUCGUUUUGCUUGUCAAGCAGAAGGAAAUCCUGCUCCCAAAAUUUCAUGGUUAAAAAAUGGAAGGAGAAUACACUCCAAUGGGAGAAUAAAAAUGUACAACAGUAAAUUGGUGAUUAACCAGAUCAUUCCUGAAGACGAUGCCAUUUAUCAGUGCAUGGCAGAGAACAGCCAGGGCUCCAUUCUCUCCAGGGCCAGACUCACUGUGGUUAUGUCAGAAGACAGGCCCAGUGCACCUUACAACGUCCACGCUGAAACCAUGUCGAGCUCAGCAAUCCUGCUGGCCUGGGAGAGGCCACUGUAUAAUUCAGACAAAGUGAUUGCAUACUCUGUGCAUUACAUGAAAGCAGAAGGUUUAAAUAAUGAAGAGUACCAAGUGGUCAUUGGAAAUGAUACAACCCAUUACAUUAUUGAUGACUUGGAGCCAGCCAGCAACUACACCUUCUAUAUUGUAGCUUACAUGCCUUUGGGAGCCAGUCAGAUGUCAGAUCAUGUGACUCAGCACACCCUGGAAGAUGUUCCCUUGAGAGCUCCUGAAAUCAGUUUGACGAGCAGGAGUCCGACAGAUAUUCUCAUAUCUUGGCUGCCAAUUCCUGCAAAAUACAGGAGAGGCCAGGUCGUCCUGUACCGUCUGUCAUUCCGCCUCAGCACAGAGACCAAAAUCCAGGUGCUGGAGCUUCCAGGCUCUUCAGAUGAGUAUCUCCUGGAGGGGCUGAGGCCUGACAGUGUCUACUUGGUUCGUAUCACUGCUGCAACAAGGAUUGGCUGGGGAGAGGCGUCUUUGUGGACCUCACACCGAACUCCCAAAGCGACAAGUGUGAAAGCACCAAAGUCUCCCGAGCUGCGUUUGGAGCCCAUGAACUGCACAACAAUUACAGUGCAGUGGCAGCAGGACUCUGAGGACACUGCAGCUGUCCAGGGCUACAAACUGUACUACAAGGAAGAGGGACAGCAGGAGAAUGGACCAAUUCUGUUGGAUGCCAGUGACCUGGAAUAUACUGUCAGUGGUUUGGAUCCUAGAAGAAAGUAUCAUGUAAGGCUGCUGGCAUAUAACAAUAUGGAAGAAGGUUAUCAGGCUGACCAAACAGUCAGCACUCCAGGAUGUGUCUCUGUCCGAGAUCGCAUGGUGCCACCCCCACCACCUCCUCACCACCUCUAUGCCAAGGCUAACACCUCAUCCUCCAUCUACCUUCACUGGGGAAAGCCUGCCUUCACCUCUGCUCAGCUCAUCAACUACACAGUGCGCUGCAACCCCGUGGGGCUGCAGAACGCUUCCCUGGUGCUCUACCUCCAAACGUCAGAGACUCACAUGUUAGUCCAAGGUCUUGAGCCAAAAACCAUGUAUGAAUUUGCAGUUCGAUUGCAUGUGGACCAGCUCUCCAGUCCUUGGAGUCCUGUAGUGUACCACACUACCCUCCCCGAAGCACCAUCUGGCCCUCCAGUAGGAGUGAAGGUGACUUUGAUAGAGGAUAAUACUGCUCUGGUUUCCUGGAAGCCACCUGAUGGUCCUGAAACAGUUGUUACACGGUACACCAUCCUCUAUGCAUCCAGGAAGUCUUGGAUUGCUGGGGAAUGGCAAGUGUUGCACAGAGAAGGAGCAAUGACCAUGGCUUUGCUGGAAAACCUUGUAGCAGGAAACAUCUACUUGGUUAAAAUAGCAGCUUCCAAUGAAGUGGGAGAAGGACCCUUCUCAAAUGCAGUGGAAUUUGCUGUCCUGCCAAAGGAGACAUCGGAGUCUAACCAGAGACCGAAACGCUUGGAUUCUGGAGAUCCCACUACUUAUUCUGACUAUUACCAUCUGGACCAGAAAUCAAUGACUGGCAUUGUUGUUGGGGUUUGCAUAGCCUUGACCUGCAUCCUUAUCUGCAUCCUGAUCUUAAUUUAUCGCAGUAAAGCCAGGAAAGCAUCUGCUCCUAAGCCUGUGCAGCAAAGCACUGACCAGCUGUCACGUACCAGCAUCUCAUUAGCCAGUCCUAAUGACGUGGAGAAGAAUAUUGAAGGAAUUGCAGAGAAUGAAGAAUCCUUAUUGCCAAUGAUAGUGGGAAACAGCUUCAUUGAUGCUAAGGGAGGAUCUGAUCUGAUUAUUAACAGCUAUGGGCCUGUCACAAAGACUAAUGGCAAGAAAAGGUGGCUAUUCUUCCAAGAUGCUAAGAAGACAAAGGCUGAGGAGCCACAGAGGAGGUUCGUGCAGGCGGUGUGUCUGUACCAGCCCGGCCCCGGCGCGCUGCUCCACCCCGGCGGCUCCCCCGGCCAGCGCUCGGACUUCCAGGUGCCCUUCGGCGGCGCGGCCGACACGGAGCAUUCGGCCAACAGCGAAGGGAGCCACGAGACCGGCGACUCCGGGAGGUUUUCUCACGAGUCCAACGAUGAGAUUCACCUCUCCUCCGCUCCGGGCGGCUCCGCUCCGGCCGGCAGCGACUCGAGCUCCGGGAGCCCGGCUGCGAGCGGCUGUGCCGAGAGCCCGCUGCUGCUCGGGGCUGUCCCCGGCCCGCUGCAGAUCCUCCCUGCCCUGCCCAACUGAGCCCGGGCACCCCGGACACCUUCACUGGGUCUGUUCGAAGGACAAUGAACAGCGAGCCAAAGGUUCAUUGUGGAAAGCCUGACUAACCUAGCAGGUGAUCCAUAGUUCUGUUGAAUGUUGGGGGGUAUUUUUCCUAUAUUUUGGUUUGUUUUUUUAAAGCUCGCUCAUUUUGAAUGUUCAGCGGUCAAAAAAUGUGAAAGGAGUGAAGAUUUCUGACUGAAGUUAAAAAUAUGUCACUGGAGCAAAGGGAAGGCUAUUGGCCCUUUUGCUGACUAUCUACCUCAGUUUGCCGAGAGGUGAACUCUGAAUGGCGACUGCUUUACCUCAUUUGUGUUCUAGUUGGUCUCAGCUAUGGAACUGAUGAUACUUCCUAGUAGUGUUGUUUUAUUUUGGGGUUUUUUGUUUUCGUUUGCCCCCCAAGUUGUGUGUAGAGAGUGUGUGAGUGUGUGUGUGCAUGUGGAUGUACUCAGUGAUCAGGGAGUUGUAUAGGUUGGUGGACAAGAUUGUUUAGCUGAAGCUCUGUCUUUAAAAAGAAGGAAACCUCAGAGUAUAAAACGUUAUGAUUUCAUGUGGUUGGCAUAGAGUAUGUUAAAAACUGGGAGAACUGGAACUUCCAUCUAUACAGCCACAUGAAAUCUUUUGUACCUCUUGAUUUCUUAGACCCUCAGUAAGCCUAGGACAGUGCCUUUCCUCAGAAACCGGUGCCAGCAGCUGCUGGCAGGAAAUAUGCUGUAUCCCUGGGGCUCUGGGACAUGCUGGAUUCCCCACAGUGUGACCAAUAUUGCCCCUGUAUUCACAGUUAAGGUUAAAAAUCAUAGCAAAAUCAAGGAGUACUCAACAUUUUCAAACAGCUUGGCCUUGCCUGAGAGUUAUGGAAUAGAUAACAGUGCUGAGUAUUCCAGUAUCACAGUACUUCUUAGCAGUGGUGCCUUGCAUUAUAUAUUAUGAAAUUACUGAUUUGCCUUAUUCCUUUUUAGUAUUCAUGAAGUUCCUUUGGAGUACAGAAAGAUGCCUUAAAUCCUUCUUAGAUGUUUUAAGUAAACUGUAACAUGAGUUUAAAGUUCAUUUUUACCCAUCUUUGAGUGCUGAUAAACAUUGUAGUAUGUCUCAGAACUGGUGUUAGGAUGAAAACCUCCUCCUUGCCUUCACCUAGUGUGCUAUUAGCCAGGAAUUUUAGCUCAGGGAAUGACUUUACCUAUAUGCCAAUCUAAAACUCUGAUUAGGCUACCAUGAGAAAUAAAAAAGCCAGAGCUUUAGUUGAAGAGUCUGUUGAAAGAGGUGAGUAGUGCUACCGCCUCAAACCCAUGCAAUUCCUGUUUUAUACUACCUCCUUUAAAAAUUAUUCUAGUGUUUUUUUGGAUUUUGUUGUUGUUGUUUUUUCCUGUACUCAGGGAACAGUUUGUUACUUUUAAGCUGCCUCACGGAAACGUGGAGCAAACUGACAGGGUAUCAUUUUGUGUUUUAAUAGGAGAGAGCGAGAGACAGGGAGGAGGCUGGAAUCAUCCAAUGUUAUAAACUUGCCUGUAUCUAUAUCCAGUCCUCUUCUCACUCCUCCUCUUUCCCUGUUCUACUUUAAAAAAAGAAAGAAAGAAAGAAAAAGAGAAAAAAAAGAAAAUUAGGCAUAUGUUUUUACUUAAAAAAAAAAUUUAAAAUAUAAUGUUGUGAGAAAUCAACCAUAGGAACCCCUGGCUGUAUUUAAGUCUGUCAGAACUCCCACUGACUUUAGUGGGGCCAAGAUGUCACCUCCAGGUGUGCCAGGCUGACUUGUGUUGCUCUUCAGUCAGAAGUUGUGGGUAAGCCCCACUCUGGUGGUUGGAUUGUGCUGAGGAGUGGGGCUCUGGUUCCUGGAGCUCUUUCCCUUGAACUGUUGCCAGUCCUGGAGCACACAGUACACAUUCACCUCUCCCUAACAGUGUUGAUUCAAAUGCUUGAAGAAUGAUCUUGUACCAAAGACUUUUCUGUGGAAGAGAAGGAAGCCACAUAUUGUCCAAAAUUUAUUGAACUAGUUAAAAAGCUAAGGUUUGAAGAGCUGAAUACAUUUUAUUGUAUAAGUAGUUACUAACAAAAACCGAUAGGGCUUCUUGAUUGUAAUAGCCAAUUGCAUAGGUGAGUUGUAUGCUUCAACAAUUUUAACUACCUUGUUGUUACAAGAGCCUUUAAAGAAAGUUAUAAUGCCAGCAGAUAUCUCCAAAGAAUUCCAAGUGUAAUUUUUUUCUCCAGCAUGUAGUUGAUGAACAGUACAGUAUUAAGAAAAAUAUUUUUUAACAGUUUUUUAUCUACUUGCUGAAGAAAAAGAAAACCUUUUCACCAAAGAUUUAUUUUUGGUCUUGUCAGGCAGAAUGUGUAGUGUACAGCAGAGUACUGUUUUUAGUUAGGUAAAGUGUGAAUUAAUCAAAACUAGAGUAAGAAAGUGUAACUGUAGCAUGAAGUUUCACACUUCAUCUUUCAGAGUAGCCUGUUGUGUUAGUUGCAUUCAGAAAGAGCUGAUAUGCAGAUGGUAACUGCUUCUCCAAAGACUUGUUUGCUGUAAGUACUGGCAGUGGGGUAUCAUUUGAUGAUCCUUGUUACAGGUAAAUACAAUAAUCCUAAACUCUUCUUUCCAAAGACCUAUUCUGUAGUUUAACCUAUGGGUAGUCUGAGAGAAACAGACUUCAUAUAAAAUCUGCCAAUCUUAUAUAGAUGCUUGAAGUUCAGCAGCCAAAGAUUUGAAAAUACUCAGCGUAUUUAGAGAGCAGUGCAUCCAAAAUUGGAUUCAUCACUUAAUGUUUUAUCAAGGUACUUCUUAUCAGCAAAUAAAGAAAACCAAAGAUAUUUAAGGUUACCUCAGCAUAUAGGCAAGCUUAGUUAGGCAUUAAUUAUUCUUUUUCUUUAUUUUUAUGUUAACCAAAUAUAAAACACUUCUCCAGAACCCAGUCUACAUUCAUGUGCUUCCCUUUGGCACAGUCAUGAUUUCUACAGAAAAAAAAUGCUCUCCUCAAAAAUUCAUGGCCUAGUACUAAUAUAUCACAAGAUUUUGUGAGAGAAAAUUUGUCUUACGAUUGAAAAUGCCAGCAAGAAAAGCAAAAGAAUAUCCAGAAAAAUUGUAGAAAUUGAUCAUGUCUCUAUUGAAUUUAAUAGCAGAAUCAAUCCUUCAUAAUUGUAACAGUGCAAAAUUUAAAAGUUUAAAUGCUUUCCUUGAAUCCUUGAAGCCAAUGCGUGUAAUUAUAAAUAUGAUCUUACAAAUGAUAAUUUUUUUCAAAGUUUAUAUCUGUGGCUGUCUAAGGGAAUGAGUUUUUCACUUUGUUCAUUCCAUUUGCCUAGAAAGAACUGGCAGAACACAGCAGGCAGACUGGUUUCAGGUUUUCCAGGUUGUUCUUCUAGGUUACGUCUGUAGAAACUGGGUCCUGGAGAAAAAUAUAUAAUUUCUUAAUUAUGAAUUUUACUAAAUAUGUUCUGGAAGAUGAACAUAAAUGUGAAAUUUAGUGUUACACUAUGUGAAUUGAUUUUGUUUAAAUGUAGUAAGAACUAAGGGGCCAUGGCUGGUGUAAUGAGUGUAUGUGCAACCCUUGUGUUUUAAAAGUAAGCAAAAAUGUUACCGCUGAUGUGACUUGAAAAGCAUCAAAACUUACAGAGGAAACCUCAAAACUGGCUCACUGUGGUGAUGGUGUAAGAGAGAGGAUCUGCCCUUCAGUGCCACAGCAAGGCCUGGAGCCAAAACUAAAUGCUCAGUGUGCCCACAGCUACACUUGUGUGCUUUCCUUAUAUUUAACAAAUACAAAGCACUGUCAUCUUUCAGCAGUUAUCCAGGACUGGGAAUGUGUGUGCUGUGCAGGACAGGGCACAUCACUUGGUUACUUUUUAAUAGCUCUGCUAUUGUAAGAGAAGCCUGAAAAAUCUGCAUACCACUUUCAGUAAUUUCCUAUAUUAGCUCCCCAUUUUUUUGGAUAACUGAUGAUAUUUUUAACAGAAAAGAGUAUCAACAGGUUGCUUUGCCAGUUUUUAAUUAUUCUUAUACUUCAUUCCCUCUCUGGGUUUAAUCCCAUGCUUUAGGUAUGAGCUUCAUCUUGUUUGCCUUGUUCAAAUCAGGGUCCUCAUCCUGUUUCUUUUUAAGCCAAUGGGAGAAUUAAUUUGUAUUUCAGUUUGCAUAGUCUGGACAAACAAAAUAAGCUUUUGUUUGUUUUUUAAAUCUGGACAGUACUGUUAUUUUAAAAGGACAGAAGUCUUAGAUGGUUAAAACUCCUACUGGCAAAUGGAUUUUUGUAAGGUAAGUCAUCAGGGGUCCUCUCCAUGAAUCCAGUAUUAGCCUGUAGUAAACAUGGAAUAUUUCAAGUCAGUUUACCUCUUUUUCAUUGCAAAUCAAGUCAACUUGAAUGACUUCUCAUUUGCUGCAGCCUGGGUGUACACAAGCAUAGUUACUGCUGGUACUCAGUAAAAUGCUACUCUGAGCAAACUCUGAGCUUUUGUUCAUUUUAUGAAUUUUUGUCCAUUUAAUGAAGUUCUUGCAGGGAAAAGUCCAUCUCCUAACAUGGGGAACAUUGUAGGUUUUGCAGGGCACUCCAUGUUUAGCCAAAAAUCCCAUUCAUGGCAACCAGAAAGAGCUGCUCAGGUAUAAUACUGGUGGUAUUUCACAGAAAUCAAUUUACUGACAUUAUUCUCAUAAAAUAGAGAGCAGGAUUACACUUGCUAAUUGCUGAAGUAGUAGUUCUUAGCUUGGACAAUUGUUAUACACUUGCCAGUUGCUGCAGCUGCAGCUCUGCCAAUGGCAGGCAAUCUCUAGAGCAAAGGGAUUCCUGUCUGCAGGAAAUACUGAGCACCUUUCUAAAAUAACUCUAUGUACUGUUUUGGAACAUGUGUUUCAAAACCCACACUUCUGCAAUACAAGUCCAAACCCAAAUCACUUUCUAUUAAUAGAGAAAAGAACACAAAUACAGUUUGGCUCAAAUGUAUGUUUAUUUCUUUGAAAUUCCUCUAGACUUAUGCUGAGCCUACUCCUGAGUGACUCAAAAGGGAUAUCAAAACAUGCUUAAGGUUUUGCUGUGUUGGGUCCUCUGGUUCCAUUGGGCUCCUUCAAAAAAAGUUUUCAGCUUUUCAUGGUUGCAUAUAUUCACAUUGCAUCUGCCUGGUGUGUUUUCAGUGAAGACUGACUGUAUAUGAAAAACUGAUUUAUAUAAAUGUUGCUUUUUGAUUGUUUGGCUUUUUUUUUUUUUUUUUUUUUUAAAGUUGUGAAUGAACUGCCAGUGUAGGAGCCAGGUGUGUGUAUCUGACAUUGUGGUGGUCUGGAUCCUUUCACUCCGUGUGCCAUUUUCUUCCAAGGGCAGCAAUGGCUGACUGGCUAAUGGAGGAUGGAGCUGAAUUGUAUGAAUUUUAUAUUUGUCUCAGGGGAUCAGCUCCAUGAAUUCCAUUGCAUGAGGGAAGCUAAUGUUUGCCCUGAUUUGAAUGUAACUUUUUAAUGUCUUUUAAAAACUAUUUUGUUUAAUAAUGUGGAUUUGUUUUUCUUUUUCUAGCAUUCUAGUAAAUGUUACCUAGUGUGUUGGUUCAUUUUUCCCCUCCAGGGUUGUUUAUAUACUACCCCAAGGUCAUGCCAAAAAAUAAUAGAAGUUUUAAUGCCAAAUGUUUAUGAAACUGCUGUCUAAAUACUGAUUGAUUGCACAGUUGAAAUAAAAGUUUUCCUUAGAAAAA